UGUUGCCAUGGUGAUGGGGGGGGUAGGAUGCCCAUUGCCGUGGCAAAGGGACAUCUAUCACCGUGGCUGUCAGUGCAUUGUGGGAGGAUGCCACCACCCCUGCCCUCACCGCACCCAGGGAGCUGUGACGGCCCUGGGACAGCCAGGCGCCACCGUGGCUCUGGCCCCCUGCCCACACCGCCCCAGCAAGCAGCUGCUUGAGGUGCCAGUGAGGAACCAGAGCAGCUGGCACCAUGUGCCAUCCUCCUUCCCUACCCCCUUUCCAGCCAAAGUUGCAUGCUCUUUCCCAGCACCUAGCUCUUGCGGAGCUCCAGGAAGGAUGAAGCCCUUCCCCACCCUGAAACACAGAUUGGGUUUUGCUGUGGGCAGCUCUUGAACAACCAAAACCAUCCAAGCAAGGCUGGGGUGGAAACUGGUAUCCAACUGGAGAGCUUUACGCCCCAGUUUCCUCCUGGCGCUGGGCUCCCGUGGGACGCACCGUCCCUCCCCAGCACAGUGUCUUCUGUUUGGGAAGGUCACACCACAGGAGCACCCACCAGCAUUGCCAAAACACUUCUAAACAUUAACUGGUGGAGCUGGGUGCCAAGCCUGUGACAUCCCCAAGGACUGCUGACGCCACACAGCCUCCUCCAUCCCUCCUCCUCCUCCACCAGCCCUGGAGAAAAGCCUGGCUCACAGCACAACCCACUGCACAGGUGGUAAAAGCCAAGGGCUGGCCACCGGAGCUUUCCUCUUCAUCCUCUUCCCUUUAGGUUUUCCUGGUGUUGUGCCGGAGCAGGGACGUGGUGAGGGUACACCGGCGGCCGAAGCAUCAGGGAGGGGCUGGCAGGGACUCUCCAGCCUUCCUUCACCAGCCUGUCUUGUGGUAAGCACCGACAGCUUCCACCCAGACAGCGGGUCGGGACCGUCUCCCCACUGAUCAGGGUGGUCCCUGACCACCACGUCCCCCUUCCACCACGGCCCGCUACGCUAUGGCCCUGCCCUGGGCUCUGCUACUGCUCGGUGAGGUCCUGGCACAGGAUGCAGCCGCCCAGGGCUGCCUCCUUCCGCCGGCUGGUGAGUCCCAACCCUUUGCCCUUCCUUGCCAGUGGAAGCACCCCUGGUGGGACAAAGCCUUGCUGGGGUGCCUCGGUGGUGGGCUGACCCCCGCCUUGGCAGGUUAUAACGCAGCGCUGGGGCGCCCAGCCCGCCAGUCCUCCGUCUUCCCCAACAUCAGCAUCGCCACCAACGCAGUGGAUGGGAACCGGGACGGCGUCUGGCACCACGGCUCCUGCAGCCGCACACGGCGAGAGCGGGAGCCCUGGUGGAGUGUGGACCUGGGUGGGCGCCGCGCCGUGGCGGCUGUGGUGGUAAAGAACCGGCAGGAUUGCUGCUGGCAGCGGCUGCGGGGAGCGCAGGUCCAUGUCGGGGACGCACCAGCCGAGCGUGGCAGGGACAACCCCAUCUGCGGCGUCAUCACGGACACCGGUCCUGGCUCACUCAGUACCAUCUGCUGCCAGGGGCUGCAGGGCCGCUAUGUCUCCAUCCUCAUCCCCAGCCGGGAGGAUGCGUUGGUGCUGUGCGAGGUGGAGGUGGUGCUCCAGGGCUGCCUCCCCCUGCCCGGAGGUGAGGGGCUCCCAGGGAGGCAGUGGGGGCUGGUGGGGCAGCAGUCAGGGGCCGGCAGCCUCGUGCCAUGCUCCCACUGGCAAUUCCAGCCCCCAACGUGGCGCAGGGCCGCGCCGACACAGUCCUCCACGCUGAAUGCCAUCAGCCUGGCUGCCAAUGCCGUGGAUGGGAGCAGCAAUGCCAGCUGGGAGCACGGCUCCUGCACCCACACUGAGAAGGAGCUGGAGCCGUGGUGGCGUGUAGACCUGGGCCAUCGGCACACUGUCUACUCCGUCACUGUCACUAACUGCCACAACUGCUGCUGGGAGAGCCUUCUCGGCGCCCAGGUCCACGUUGGGGACUCCCUGGCUAACCAUGGCAAGCGCAACCCUGUGCUGUGGCGGUUCCCUCCCGGCAGCUGCGGGGCCAUCUUGGACACUGGUCCCGGCUCCACCAGUACCAUCUGCUGCAACGGGCUGCCGGGUCGCUAUGUCUCCAUCAUCAUCCCUGGGCGGGAGGAUUUCCUCAUCCUCUGCGAAGUGGAGGUGACAGCCCAGAGCUGCGUCCCCCCGCCUGGCGAGGGAGUUGGAGCCAUGGUGGACAGUGGACCUGGGCCAUCGCCAUGCUGUGGCAGCUGUGGUGGUGAGGAACCGCCUGGACUGCUGCUGGCACUGGCUGAAGGGUGCCCGCGUCCAUGUCGGGGACUCCCUUGCCAGCCAUGGCACCAACAACCCCAUGUGAGUGCCACAGUGUUGACACUGUGGUGCACGGCUGCUUUGGCGCUUGGCCACCCUCACCCUUGUCCCCCUCCUUGUAGCUGCGGCACAGUCACAGAUACCAGCCCUGGCUCCACCAGCACCAUCUGCUGCCACGGGCUGCACGGCCGCUACGUCACCAUCACGAUCCCUGGCCGCGAGGAACGGCUGAGCCUGUGCGAGGUGGAGGUUGUGGAGCAAGGCUGUGCUGUGCUGCCAGGGGGUGAGUGGGUUUGGGGGGCACCGCGGGGUCUUCUGGGGACAUGGCACCCCCAGCCCAGCUGUUCCCGCAGCCCAGAACAUGGCCCUGGGCCGCCCGGCCACCCAGUCCUCCAUCCUGGAUGCCAGCAGCAGUGCCGCCAAUGCCGUCAACGGGGACUGGGAUGGCAAUCAGGAGCACGGCUCCGUGCCCACACCACAGAGGAGCUGGAGCCAUGGUGGCGUGUUGAUCUCGGCCACCGGCACGCCAUCUAUGCCGUGGUGGUGAAGAACCGCCAUGACUGCUGCUGGGAGCGGUUGAAGGGGGCUGAGGUCCGCGUCGGUGACUCCCCGGUUGACCGCAGUCGGCACAACCCUGUCUGCGGCAUCAUCACAGAUGCCAGCCCCGGUUCUAUCAGCACUGUCUGCUGCCAUGGCCUUCGCGGUCGCUACGUCUCCAUCCUCAUCCCCAGCCGGAAGGAUGCGCUGGUGCUGUGUGAGGUGGAAGUGAUCCGGCAAGGCUGCACCCCGCUGCCAGGAGGUGAGCUGUCAGGAGAGCCCACCUCCCCCAGGAACCCCAGCACCCACCAACCCACCAUGGUGUUCACAGCCCUCAACGUGGCGCGGGAGCAGCAGGCGACACAGUCCUCCACCUCCAAUGGCUCCGGCUUCGCAUCCAAGGCGGUAGAUGGGAACCGGGACGGCGUCUGGCACCACGGCUCCUGCAGCCACACACGGCGAGAGCGGGAGCCCUGGUGGAGUGUGGACCUGGGCAGACGCCGCGCCGUGGCAGCUGUGGUGGUAAAGAACCGGCAGGAUUGCUGCUGGCAGCGGCUGCGGGGAGCACAGGUCCAUGUCGGGGACGCGCCAGCCGAUCGUGGCAGGGACAACCCCAUCUGCGGCAUCAUCACGGACGCUGGUCCUGGCUCACUCAGUACCAUCUGCUGCCAGGGGCUACAGGGCCGCUAUGUCACUGUCACCAUACCCAGCAGGGAGGGGCAGCUGGCGCUUUGCGAGGUGGAGGUCUACACUGUCUUCCCCGAAAUCUGAGGGGCUCCUGGGGGGCAGCUGA